GGAUAUUUUCCUAUAUGAAUCUAUUCCCUUCUUUUCAUUGUAGAUCACUGCAGUUCCAGGGAGCCUGUCUAGAAAUGAGAGGAGACAGGUUAUACAGAUAGUGAUAUUAUUAUUGUUCUUUCAACCCAUGGAAGGUUCAUACACAAUAUUGUGUUGCAGAAGAUUUUACUCAGGCCACAGAACUCGGUUGUUGUUUCAGGUUGCUGCUGUAGUCAGUGAAAAAGCCUUUAAAUAAUAUGGAUUGCACUGAAGACUUAACAGGAACAUCUAAAGCUUGAGAGAAGUAUAUGUUUUAGGCUCUUAGACAGUGGAGUUAUCCUAGACGGUGCUGAGGUUACAGUCAUAUCUGGCCCUUGUGCAACAUGCCUCCAACAUCACCGUAUAGGCAACUGUAAGGAAAAUGACCGAGAGAGCUUCUUCUGCAUGUGGCUGUAAGGAAUCCGCGCUGGGAAGCAUCACCCAUGCCUUGCUGUACUAAAACCUCUCCGGCGCACAACAUGAAGGAGGAGAAUUUCCUCCGGCGCAGAUUUUCCUUGUGUCCUACCGCCAUUACUCCUCCGAAGAACGACAACCCCAAGCUGGCACGGAACUUGUCAUUUGGAGCUGAUCAUGAUAUGAAUGCGCUUAAUACAGGAAAAGAUACAGAACACAACAGCCAAACAAUUGUUAAGGAUGAAGCUCCGCUGACUCCAGAUGCUGCUAAUAAGAAUGAUAAUAAACUCUGUAAUGGGACAGACAAGGAAUGCUUAUCACCCACAUCUAAAUCGGCCAAGAUGGACACCCUCAAGGUACAGAAGAAAAAUUAUAGGCAGGAGAAGAAGAGAGCCACGAAACAGCUCUUCAGUGCCCUAAAAGAUCCCACGGUGGUGAUUGUAGCUGACUGGCUGAAGAUUCGGGGCACACUGAAGAGCUGGACUAAGCUAUGGUGUGUUCUGAAGCCGGGACUACUCCUGAUAUACAAAACACCAAAGGUUGGGCAGUGGGUGGGAACCUUAAUGCUCCACUCCUGUGAGCUGAUUGAGAGACCCACAAAGAAAGACGGAUUUUGUUUUAAACUUUAUCACCCGUUGGAUCAGUCCAUUUGGGCAGUUAAGGGUCCUAAAGGUGAAAAUGUUGGAUCCAUUACUCUACCUCUUCCCAGUAGCUACUUAAUAUUCAGGGCAGCUUCUGAAUCUGAUGGACGCUGUUGGAUGGACGCUCUUGAAUUGGCUCUUCGGUGCUCCAGUCUCUUCAAGAUUAAUUUGCCCAAGCAAGGAAAGGAAGGAGAUGCCAUCACCCCACCCGAUAUGACCCACAAUGGGCUGUACACACUACUGCAGGCAUCCACCAUCUCAGAACAAGAACUCUUUAUGCUUCAUGAAGGUGGUCCAGAAAAUGACACCAUGUCUGACAAAUCAGAAAAAGACAAUAUAGAAGAGUCUGAACACGAGCAGAGUCGGAAAACAAGUGAGAGUGACCAAUCCGAAUUACAUGGUGAGAUCUCUCUAGCUAGAGAAGGUACCACAUACAUGGAGGAACUAUACGAGGAAUUUGGAGAGAUCGGAGAAGCGUCACAGAUGGAGACCGUCUCGGAUGAAAACAAAAGCUUGAUGUGGACUAUACUAAAACAAAUGAGACCCGGCAUGGACCUGUCAAGAGUCGUUCUGCCGACGUUUAUCCUGGAGCCUCGCUCUUUUCUGAACAAAUUGUCGGAUUAUUACUAUCACGCAGACAUCCUCUCAGAGGCAGCAGUGGAGGACGACCCUUACUGUCGCAUGAAGCAAGUUCUGAAGUGGUAUUUGUCAGGGUUUUAUAAGAAGCCAAAGGGAAUAAAGAAGCCGUAUAACUCCAUUCUGGGAGAGAAAUUCCGCUGCUGCUGGUUUCACCCACAGACAAAUAGUCACACGUUUUAUAUAGCAGAGCAGGUUAGUCACCAUCCACCAGUUUCGGCCUUUCAUGUCAGUAACAGGAAAGACGGAUUUUGCAUCACGGGGAGCAUUCUGGCCAGAUCCAAAUUUUACGGAAACUCGCUGUCUGCAAUACUAGAUGGAAAAGCAAGGCUCACCUUCUUGAACCGUGAUGAAGAAUACAUCAUCACCAUGCCGUAUGCGCACUGUAAAGGACUUCUGUACGGCACUAUGACUAUGGAGCUUGGAGGAAAAGUUACAAUUGAAUGUGAGAAAACCAGCUACACAACCGAACUGGAGUUUAAGUUAAAGCCAUUCUUCGGGGGCAGCGAUACAUUAAACCAGAUAUGUGGGAAGAUAACAGCUGGCAGCGAAGUUUUGGCAAAUCUGGACGGGCACUGGGAUCGGGAAGUUUAUCUGAAUGACCUAAAUACCAACCACAGGGACAUAUUCUGGAAUCCAACCGCUGAGAUCCGAAGACAAAGACUCAAACGUCACAUUGUGCUGUUCGAAGAGCAAACCGAAAAGGAGUCAGAGAGACUCUGGCAAUAUGUAACCAGCGCUAUCAAUGAAGGAAAUCAGCAGCAGGCCACUGAUGAAAAGUAUAUAAUAGAGGAAGCUCAACGGAAGGAAGCAAAGGAGAGGAAGGAGAAGGAUGAAGAAUGGAGUCCACAGCUCUUUGAGUAUGACAGUGUGGCAGAAUGGCGUUAUAAAUAUGAAGAUACCCGCCCCUGGCAUCCUUUGACUGACAUUGCGCAAUACGAGAAGGAUGGAAUUUUGCAAACCGUGGAGAGGAAUCUGACUAGUAUGCUGGCCCCGCGGGCAAACCCCCAGCACAAGAGAGGUACCCAAGACAGGAGACAUCGGAAAGCCAGCGAACAGCCAUCUAUAAGCAGCCAGACUACGGAGAGCAGCUGUUCUACUCCUGAGUCAAGAAAUGAAUCCUCUGAUGAUGACGGUUUUCAGGGGCCGUGUUCUCAGUGCGGAAAAGAGAAACAUGAACUUAAAGAAAUUCAGGCUGCAGUUUUAUCUUUGCAGAAAACACAACAGGACAUUAAUCGAAACCUGAGCAAUUUGACCGCUAAUCGUUCCUUUUCUGCAUGUUCGCAACCCAGGGCCUCGAUGCUGAAUUCUCGCCACUGGCUCCUUCUCUGCCUUUUCCUCACCUGUCAGCUCUUCAUCAACUUUGUGUUUAAAUAAAUUCUAACCAUGGACGGCACAGACACAACUUAUCGUUCCUUCAUCAAUGAUGAGGAUUCCAUUAGUGGGAUAUUGGGGAGGGGGUGGGUAGAGCUUCAGAAUGGUUGCUUCAUUACAUUGUCCCUAUGUGUGACAUCACCAGCUUCCUGGAAAAUGAAGGGUUAAACACAGCAUUUACAAAGCAAGCAUGAUCUAAAAGAAUCAAGUAUGGUUAUAUUACCCAGGAAGUGACAGAAACAUGCAGAUGCCAUAGUGUGUUUUGUCUGCUCUUUUGUAUGCAGUGCUGAGUCCUUGCUUGGCUGCAGAUCAUUUACCUAAAUGGGCAUUUCCACCUUAAAGAGGUAUUCUGGGCAAAAACAUUUUAUACCCUAUCCAAAGGAUAGGGGAUAAGAUGUCUGAUCGCUGGGGGCCCGCAGCUGAGACCCCCCGUGAUCUCCCUGCAGCACCCGUAUUCUAUGCGGGUGCUGAAUCUCCAGUUUCGGAAACCUCUGGGUUUCCGGGACUGGGGAUGGGGCGUGGCGGCCGUCACGCCCCCUCCCAUAGACAUGAAUGGAGGGGGCGCGGCGUGACGUCACAUCCCCAGUCCCGGAAACCCGAAGGUUUCUGAAACUGGAGAUUCAGCAGCGGGCCCCCCCGUAAUAUUAUCCCCUAUCCUUUGGAUAGUGGAUAAAAUGUUUUUUCCCGGAAUACCCCUUUAAAUAAAAAAUUCCCCAGUAAAUAUUAACCCUUUAGUCGUCUUUUUCUCUCAAGUGCAUAUAAAUUCUUUAAAACCUAUUCUGUUUAUUAAUGUCUGCCAUUGGAGAUGAAGUUGAGUUUUGUCCUUCAUGUCUCAUGUGGGGAGUAUUUCCCUAUGUGCAUACACAUCUGUUAUAAAAUAAGGACAUUCCUACAUCUUCAUUGAUAUUCCCAAUAAACCCCAUGAUUGGAGGAGGGAAGGAAGCAGAUCACAACAGGGUAUAGAGAGAGUUGUCCCCCAUCUCGACUGCUGCUAAUGGGACAACUUUUUAUAAAAGUGUAAGGCUCCUUCAAAGUGUAAAUUGUUUCUAACACCUCCUAUGAGAAUCUUGCUUAGCCCCGAUACUGUGUUUUUUUUUACAUCUUAGGAUUUCAGCCAAGGAAAUAGCACAAAGUCCACAAGUUUAAUGAGGCACAAACUCCUUCACCUUCGUCGCCAAUGUAAUGUUCUUUUUUAUAUUUGGUGUUUGCUUUUUUUAAUUUAUUUUUUAUUAAUCCAAUACUGUCUAUGAAAGGAGAAUGUAUGCUGCACUGGCACGCCACCUACCCCUCUCUUUAGCCUGCCAUGAGUCUCUGGUUCUAGAGCAUGCUUAGCACUUUAUUCUGCAUCCAGAAAAUGAAAAAUAUUUCAUCCUAGAUUUACUUUUUAAUCCAUUAUUAAAAUAAUCUUAUUACGGUAUAUUUGUGCUUCUUGUAAGAGCACUCAAUAUUAGUUACCAUUGCUUAACCUCAUGUCCACCUCUGAACACCAUUUUAUAAAUGGAGAUAAUCUCAUAACAAGUUGAGUCACUUUUUAGGUACAUUACAUUCCUUAUUCUUUACUGAUCCUGAGUUAUAUCCUGUAUUAUACUCCAGAGCUGCACUCACUAUUCUGCUGGUGGAGUCACUGUGUACAUACAUUGCAUUACUUAUCCUGUAAUGAUCCUGAGUUAUAUCCUGUAAUAUACUCCAGAGCUGUACUCACUAUUCUGCUUGUGAGGUCACUGUGUACAUACAUUACAUUACUUAUCCUGUACUGAUCCUGAGUUAUAUCCUGUAUUAUACUCCAGAGCUGUACUCACUAUUCUGCUGGUGAGAUCACUGUGUACAUACAUUUAAUUACUUAUCCUGUACUGAUCCUGAGUUAUAUCCUGUAUUAUACUCCAGAGCUGUACUCACUAUUCUGCUGGUGGGGUCACUGUGUACAUACAUUACUUAUCCUGUACUGAUCCCGAGUUAUAUCUUGUAAUAUACUCCAGAGCUGUACUUACUAUUCUCCUGGGGGGGUUACUGUGUACAUACAUUACAUUACUUAUCCUGUACUGAUCCUGAGUUAUAUCCUGUAUUAUACUCCAGAGCUGUACUCACUAUUCUGCUUGUGAGGUCACUGUGUACAUACAUUACAUUACUUAUCCUGUACUGAUCCUGAGUUAUAUCCUGUAAUAUACGCCAGAGCUGUACUCACUAUUCUGCUGGUGCGGUCACUGUGUACAUACAUUACUUAUCCUGUACUGAUCCCGAGUUAUAUCUUGUAAUAUACUCCAGAGCUGUACUUACUAUUCUCCUGGGGGGGUUACUGUGUACAUACAUUACAUUACUUAUCCUGUACUGAUCCUGAGUUAUAUACUGUAUUAUACUCCAGAGCUGUACUCACUAUUCUGCUGGUGAGGUCACUGUGUACAUACAUUACAUUACUUAUCCUGUACUGAUCCUGAGUUAUAUCUUGUAUUAUACUCCAGAGCUGUACUCAAUAUUCUGCUGGUGGGGGUAACUACGCACAUACAUCACUUAUCCUUUACUGUUAUACUGAGUUACAGUAUUAUACAUUAGAGCUGUACUCAUUAUUCUGCUGGCUGUUAUUUAAAAGUCAGCAAUAUUUUUGAUAGAUUCCCACCCUAACAGUUUAGUUAAACUAAUUUUUUUCUACGUCAUUAGACUGUACAGAGACUGUUGCAAAGACAACAAUUCCCAAUAAGCAAAUCAACAGAGAAAACUCUGUACCGAUGCUAAACAAGCUGGGAAUGCUAUGACAUUUCAGCUAUGAAGCCUGAAGGAUUGUGAAUGUAUCGUAGCUCUGAAGUAUAAUACAGGAUAUAACUCAGGAUCAGUACAGGAUGAGUAAUGUAACGUAUGUACACAGUGACCUCACCAGCAGAAUAGUGAGUACAGCUCUGGAGUAUAAUACAGGAUAUAACUCAGGAUCAGUACAGGAUAAGUAAUGUAAUGUAUGUACACAGUGACCUCACCAGCAGAAUAGUGAGUAGAGCUCUGGAGUAUAAUACAGGAUAUAACUCAGGAUCAGUACAGGAUAAGUAAUGUAAUGUAUGUACACAGUGACCUCACCAGCAGAAUAGUGAGUACAGCUCUGGAGUAUAAUACAGGAUAUAACUCAGGAUCAGUACAGGAUAAGUAAUGUAAUGUAUGUACACAGUGACCUCACCAGCAGAAUAGUGAGUACAGCUCUGGAGUAUAAUACAGGAUAUAACUCAGGAUCGGUACAGGAUAAGUAAUGUAAUGUAUGUACACAGUGACCUCACCAGCAGAAUAGUGAGUACAGCUCUGGGGUAUAGUACAGGAUAUAACUCAGGAUCAGUACAGGAUAAGUAAUGUAAUGUAUGUACACAGUGAUCUCACCAGCAGAAUAGUGAGUACAGCUCUGGAGUAUAAUACAGGAUAUAACUCAGGAUCAGUACAGGAUAAGUAAUGUAAUGUAUGUACACAGUGACCCCACCAGCAGAAUAGUGAGUGCUGUUCUGGAGUGUAUUACUGGAUUUAACUCAGGAUCAGUACAGGAUAAGUAAAGUAACACAAAGUUACACAAUUUUCAAUAAGGCUACUUCUGUAUGUAAAAAGGUAAAUAUAUAUUAGUGUCAGGGGAAUAAAACCUAAUAUAUAUUUAUUGGGGGAGACACAUAUGACAUGUAUUUUGUGUAGUCAAAAAUAUUCAAAUCCAUCUAUUUUCAGAUUGUUUGUCUUUUCUCUUUAUACAUCACACCAAACAAAAAUAUAGAAAAUAAAGAUAAUUAUAUAUAUAUAUAUUA